AAGCUAUCUAUUAGCACCUAUUAGCUAUUCCUCAUUCCUGUAAGUGACUUCAGAUUGUCGCUAUUGUUACUUAUAACCUAAAGAGAGUUUUUUCUUUAUUUCUGUAAUAAAGAAUACAAUAUUGGAAAUGGCUCCAGCGUACAAACUCACCUACUUCAAUGUUACGGCUCUUGGAGAACCGAUCAGAUUCCUACUAAGCUACGGAGGACUGGAUUUCGAAGAUGUCCGUGUUGAGUUUGAACAAUGGCCGGCACUAAAACCAACUAUGCCUUUUGGUCAGAUGCCUGUUCUGGAGUUCAACGGCAAAGUAGCUCACCAGUCCACAUCCAUUUGUAGAUAUUUGGCUAAACAGGUGAAACUUAACGGCCAAAACGAUUGGGAAGACCUGGAAAUAGACGCGGCUGCCGAUACGGUCAAUGAUUUGCGUUCUAGUAAGUAUCUUUCUCCUAAAUCUAGUUAUCUAUAAAAGAAGUGGAAAUGU